AUGUCCACUGCGAAGUUGGCAGAUUCGAAUUCACCGUCGGUGCCGAUGGUAUCAUCCCCGACGACGGCUCCCGCUGAGGAGGCUGUUGAUACGUGGCAGCUCGUGCGGUUUGCUUACCGCUACAUGGUAUGUGAGCAGCGCAUCAUACUCGUCUCCAGCUUCUUCAUGGCUUGCGCAACUCUGUUGAGCAUUUCGAUUCCGGCCCUCGCCGAAGAGAUUGUGUCGUACGGCAUGGAGACGAUCACAAAGACUCUGAACGGUGUCUCGCACACUGUCGAGGACUCUCGUGCCACAUCGCCGGCGGCAGCCCCGGGGGUGUACGGGCUUGGGAUGUCUGCAGAGGGUGCGGAUCAGUUCUCCUUUCUAGGCCUCGGUGCGCUCAGCGAGCGCAUCUGCAAGCCGCUGCUUCCAAUCUUUUUUGCUGUUUUGCGCGUUGUGUGCGGUGCUGUUGUUCUCGGAACUGGUGCAGAGGCCGCGGCGUGGCCAUCUCCCUACGUUGAAGGAAUUCUGUGCCGUUGCCUUCUCAUGGCAAUGGCGAUCGCAUGCUAUCAUGCGACUUCUCUGCUCGCUCAUCUGGCCGCGUACUACGCGGGGUCGGGAGCGCAAAACGCUUUGAUGAAGGACAGCGUACAUCGUAUUCUUCUUACCCUACACCCCGAGCGCGUCACAGUCGUGAGCGCGGUGAAGCUGGCGCAGCUCAUCACCGCCAGUGGACGAGCCUUGAGCGAUACGACGGGUGAGCUGCUCACAAACGUGCUCUCGCAAGUAAUGUACACAGUCGGCUUCUUUGCCGUAAUGCUCUUUCUCUCCUAUCAGCUGACCCUGACCAUUCUAGUCGGUGUGGUGUUCGUUCAGUGUCUCUUUUUUUUUCAAGGGAUGUCGCUGCAUCGCCAGGGCUGCCGCGUGACAGCUGAGGAGGCGAGCGUGCAGUCGUACAUCGCGAACGUUCUGCAGCGCAGUCAGACCGUUCUCGUCUUUGGUUGCAGCGAUUUUGUACUGAGUCGCAUGGCAGACCGAUUGGCGCAGGUACGGCGGCUCACAAACAGCCUUAACCGUAGCAUCCACGGCUACACCGCCGUCAGCUCCGGCCUCACCCGUCUCAUCCUUGUGGUGGCGCUCGGGCUGUCGAACUACUACCAGCAGAAGGGUCAGCUUGACAUACGACACACAAUCUUGUACUUUGCGUGCUUUCAAUCGUUCGUAAACACACUUGCGUCGCUUUCAUCUUCUGUGAGUCAGCUGCGCGCCACGCUCGGGCGUCUCAGGACGUUGCAUUCGAUACUGCGCUGGUACUCGGAGCCGCUCGUUGUCACCACGGGAGAGGACGGCGCCGCGGCCACCCCCGAGGCCGUGGUCGACGUGCAGGAGUCCGCCUCGGCGGCUGUAGAUCUGGAUCACGUGAGUUUCUCAUACCCAGUGGUGCCAGCUUUCUUCAGCGAGGUGAACGGCGCCACUGGUGCGGGCAACGCCGUAGCCGCUUUGGAGAAGCACCUGGGCAGCGCCAUGGGCAGUCAGCACAGUAACGGCGUGUCGCAGGUGAGCUUCACGGCUGUUGUUGGGGGUAUCACUGUGCUUUACGGUCCUAGCGGGUGUGGUAAGAGCACCUGUCUACGGCUGCUGUGUGGUCUGGUGCGGCCACGCACAGGCACAGUACACACACAGCGUAGAGUCGUGCUGUUAGAGCAGCAGCACGCGAUUUUCAUCGGCACGGUGGCGGAGAACAUUUUGCUUACCAAUUUAUCGGACUUGGGCACUAGUAUGGCUGACGCAGGUGCGUCGAAACCCAUGCUUCCACUGGGCCACGUUCCUCAGUCGCCAACCGCUGCAGCGGCUUUCGCGGAAUUGCAUCGACGUGUCACGGACGCGGCGGCGAAGAGCGGGUGCGCAAGUUUUCUAAAAAGCCCGUUCAGCACCUUCAUCGAGAGCGUCGAUCACCCACAGUUUAGCGGUGGCCAGCUGCAGCGUAUCGCUUUGGCGCGAGUGUUCGCGCGGACGGACGGCUACUCGCUUGUUCUCCUAGAUGAGCCUACCACUGGACUAGACCGGAACGCUGUGGAGUUGCUGCUGGAGAGCAUCAGGGAACUGCGUGACACCCAUCAUAAGACGGUUCUGAUUUCCACGCACGACCACCGUGUGGCGGAAGUCGCGGACAAAGUGAUUGAUAUGUCUACGAGCGCAGUGGAGACACGAUGA